GAAUCGGGAUGUUUUGGCAUUCUGACAUCAUCCGGCACACAUGGAAGUUCUCUGCAGUUCUGUUUGAGUUUAUUUUUAGAUUCCAUUCGGUUUGAUGUCUGAGUCAGGCCGGGUCAUGGGAUUCGACUGAGGGUGACUAAGCGCGAACCCUGAGUGAUGUCUCUGAUCCUGGGUGCUUAUUUCUGACCUGGAUGUAGAUGGACAGCAGGCUGAUGUCUUGGGGCUUGAAGAAAAUGCCCAAUAUCACCUCCAAAGAUCACUGUUUGAGGUGAAUGCGACUGGAAAAGGUCUAAACUAGUUCUUAAGGUCAAUAACCAGAACUUGUCCGGGUUCUACAUGGGGAACAGCAGUCGGAGAACCCAACCUCUUCUAGGUGACUCGGACUAUUUUUAUACCAGGGAACCAGAUACAGAAUCCCAGAAGUCUCACCUCUCCUCUUUCACGAUGAAAUUGAUGAAAUUUCAUUCCCCGAAGAUUAAACGAACUCCAUCUAAGAAAAGCAAACAACUCCAGCCAGAGCCUACGGUGACGACUCCAGAGAAACCUGUCAACAAGAAGGUGAGUCGUUUGGAGGAACAGGAGAAGGAGGUGGUGAGUGCGCUACGUUACUUUAAGACGAUUGUGGACAAGAUGAACGUCGAUACGAAAGUUUUGCAGAUGCUUCCUGGUUCGGCUAGUAAAGUAUUGGAGGCCAUAUUGCCUCUGAUGCAAGUAGAGGCUCGGAUACAGCACAGCUCGGCAGUGUCCUCCUGUCAUAACUGCGUCUAUCAGAGUUUGGCGAAUCUCAUUCGCUGGUCCGACCAGGUGAUGCUGGAGGGCAUCGACCUCGACGACAAGGACACUGUGACAACCGUCACCACGGUGAUCAAAGCUGUGCUGGAUGGUGUGAAGGAGCUGGUGAAACUCACUAUAGAGAAACAGGAGCAACCGUCCCCGACGUCCCCCAACAAACCAACAAUACCUCCUGUGGUCAAAACUGAGAGUGUGUGUGAAAAUCCUCUAACUGAACGAGAGAAGGCGAUCCUGAGUAAGACCACGCCCAUUGUCACGCCCACUGACAGUUUGACUGACAUGUCAGAGGAAGAGGUUGCUCCGCCCAAACCUCCUCUGCCAGGAGUUAAACUGGCAGAGCACAGGAAAAGGAUGCAGUUGUGCUCUGAUCCUGUUGCCGGGCAGCGAAGGGCCACGGCGAUGGAAACCCCGCCCGCUCUGCCUCCCAAGAAGCGACAGUCGGCCCCCUCCCCCACACGUGUUGCCGUGGUAGCGCCGAUGAGUCGAGUCCCAUGUGGUCUCAACCUGCCUCCUGGAGCUCUGAGACAGCAGCAGGAGUUUGACGUGGAUCUCCUGCAGAGGCGUUUCUCUGGUGGGAGCCAGUCAUACGGCGGGGAUUCACCUUGUCUGUCCCCCUGUAACAGUAUGGGAAAACUCAGCAAGUCCGACGAGCAGCUCUCGUCACUGGAGCGAGACAGCGGCCAGUGCUCUCGCAACACUAGCUGUGAAACACUAGAGGGAUAUGAUCCCGAUUACGACUUCCUGCAUCAGGAUCUAUCCGUAUCCGAGCCUUUACCGUUUCCGACAGGCACUGGCAGCAGUCUGAGCCCUCUCCCAGAAUGCCACGGGGAGUCUCAGUCGUUAAGCCCCGCCCAGGCCCCCGCCCACCCGCGUUUCAGCGCUCCCGUCACCAAUCAGGCUUCCCUGGAGUACUGGACCCCGCCCCUCACACCUGGACAGACCAAUAGCGUGCUUCCCCCCGCCCUCCCGCAGAAGAAGCGGCGGUCGGCGCCGAUCAUAACGGCGUACCCUCUUUACGAGCGCCUUCCAUCGCACUACGAUAACCUGUCAGAAGAGGAGCAGUCGACGCCACCGUUCCCGCUGCUGAUGCCGGCGUCACUGCUGCCACAGGUCAACGGAGGAGACGACCUCUCGCGGUGUACAGACGCCGACAGCCCGCCGCCGCUGCCAGAGAAGAAGGGCAAACAGAUCCUCCAGUACAUGCAGUUUGUGGAGGAUUACUCUGAACCGCAGCCGUCCGUCUUCUAUCAGAUGCCUCAGAACGAGAGUAUUUACGAGCAGCGGAGGAACAAGCGCUUCCAGGAGGUUUACGGCUUCAACGAUUCCUACAGCAGCUCGGACUCCGUCCACGAACCCGUCCCUCCGCCAGCGCUGCCUCCCAAACAGAGACAGCUGGCCUCCUACACUUCUUCUCCUCCUCCAUCCUCCUCUUCGUCUUUUUCAAUUCUCCCUCCUCCUGCUGGGCUUCCGGAGGAGGCGGAGCCUGCUCUUGGUCUCAGCCUAUCAGUGUCUAACUCCUUCCUCAGUGGCCACGCCUCUUUGACCACACCUGUGAGUUCCGACCUGGUUGGUUUGACCAAUGCUGGCAGAGCUCUAGAUGGUGGGGGUGUCUCUAACGGGUCCUUGACCAGCUCUCUGGUCUCUCUGGCCGUCUGUCCUCCUUCUGAAUCUUCUCUUUCUGACUCGCUUCUUACAUCUGCGAGUGAAAGUGUUGAUGAAGGCGGUGAGGGAGAGUAUGUGAACCUGUACUCCUCCACACAGGCUAAUGGAGAAAACACACACCGCACUGACCCCUCUUCAUGUGACGAUGUGCUUCAGGACCACACCCCUCACAUACCCACGUCCAAUAGCAAGGAAGCUUUGUCUAAGGACAGGCCAAAGGAACCCAGUCAUGGUCAGAUCGAUGAUGUUGAUGAACUGUCCCUCAUUGAUCAUAAUGAUAUUAUGAACCGGAUCACACUCAAAGCAGAGAAUGAUGAUGGUCCUGAUGUGAGAGCCGGAUCUGGUGAUAUACUGUUAGUUCACGCUACAGAAACAGACCGCAAAGAUUUGGUGUUGUACUGCGAGGCUUUUCUCACCACCUACAGAACCUUCAUAACGCCUGAAGACCUCAUUAAAAAACUGCACUACAGAUAUACUCGUUUCUGUCACAGUCCAGACACCUUUAGGAAGCGUGUCAGUAAAAACACGUUCUUUGUGCUGGUGAGAGUCGUGGAUGAACUCUGUCUGGUGGAGUUGACCGAGGACAUCCUGCGGCAGUUGAUGGAUCUGGUCUUCCGGCUGGUCUGUAAUGGAGAGCUGAGUCUGGCGAGGGUCCUGCGAAAGAACAUCCUCGAUAAAGUGGAACAGAAGAGGCUCCUGCGACACAUGCACAUGCUGAAACCUCUCGCCGCACGGGGCGUCUCUGCCAGGCCCGGCACGCUGCAUGAUUUCCGCAGUCAUGAGAUCGCCGAUCAGCUGACGUUGCUGGACGCAGAACUGUUUUACAAGAUUGAGAUUCCUGAGGUGCUGCUUUGGGCGAAGGAACAGAAUGAAGAGAAAAGUCAAAAUCUGACCCAGUUUACAGAGCACUUUAACAACAUGAGCUACUGGGUGCGCUCUAUAAUCAUCCAACAGGAGAAAGCUCAGGACAGAGAGAAACUGCUGCUCAAAUUCAUCAAAAUCAUGAAGCACUUGCGGAAACUGAAUAACUUCAACUCUUAUUUGGCGAUUCUCUCGGCGCUGGACUCUGCACCAAUCAGACGACUGGAAUGGCAGAAGCAGACGUCUGAGGGUUUGGAAGAGUACUGCACUUUGAUUGACAGUUCGUCAUCCUUCAGAGCGUACAGAGCGGCGCUAGCAGAAGUGGAGCCUCCAUGUAUACCAUACCUGGGUUUGAUCCUACAGGACCUGACGUUCGUUCACCUCGGAAACCCGGAUUUUAUUGACGGUAAAGUGAAUUUCUCCAAGCGCUGGCAACAGUUCAACAUUCUGGACAGCAUGAGACGCUUCCAGCAAGUACACUACGAACUGAAACGGAACGAAGACAUCGUCUCGUUUUUCAACGACUUUAGCGAUCACCUGGCGGAGGAGGCGUUAUGGGAGCUCUCGCUCAAGAUCAAACCACGAAACAUCUCGCGCCGCAGGACAGAGCGAGAGGAGAAGACCUAGAUCCUGAAAUC